AUGACAAAGAAAGAAGCCAAAGAAGCGCGUCCACCAAGGGAAGUCAAUCCAUUUGUUGCUGAUGCUAUUCUUAAAGAGACAGUAAAAAUGGAGGAAAGAAAUGCUAAAGAAUAUACUACAUUUCAACCAUCAUUAAAUUCACUUCAAGAGCCAACACCAGAUAAACCAUUAGUUAACUCAUUUUGCUCAUCUAAACAUGAUGAUGACUUCACAGCAGAAGAUACAGCUAUGCUUUCUACUCUAAGAAUGGAUAGAACCAUUCAAGAUCCUCGCCAGAAAUAUAAAUUCCCAAUUACUACAUCACAGGAGAUUGGUUGGGAUGCAUACGAAUAUUAUUCUAAGUCUAUUUUUAAUCAUAAGCAUAGUUCAACAGAUGUUACAAGGAAUCCAACUAAUCGCGAUCCUCUAAAGGCAAUUGGACCAGAAGCCGAUGCUCAGCGUGAAGCCAGACUUAAGGCUAAGAAAUAA